AUGGAAUCGGAAGCAUCUACCGCUGCUAAAAUUGACAACAGCAACAAAGAUCCCGCAUGGAAAUAUGUCCACUUGGUGAAUCUAAGCAAUAGAAAUGAUGUUGCUUGUAACUUUUGUAGCAAAGUUACAAAAGGAGGGAUAUUUCGAGCUAAACAGCAUUUAGUUGGAGGAUUUCGAAAUGCUACAAUGUGUAAGAAGUGUCCAACACAUGUGCGUGAAGAGCUGCAAGAGUAUAUGCAGCAAAAGGCUUCAGCAAAGACCUUAGAUAAAUUGCCCGAUUAUGAGGAUGUUGAAAUUCUUGGAGAUGACGAAGAUGAAGAUGAAGAUGAAGAUGAUGUUGGGACAAUUCUUAGAGGCUCAAAAGGAAAUAGUAAGGUUCAAAAGAAGGCAAGGACAAAGGGUCCAAUAGAUUUAUAUUUUGCCAAAAGUGCUGCAAAGGCGGUGCAAUAUAGAAAAAAUUCAAAGCUGAAGCAAACCACUAUUAACGAGGCAUGUAAAAAGGAAUUGCGAAAAAAAGCAUGUAAGGAUAUAGCUCGAUGGAUGUAUGAUGCGGCAAUUCCUUUUAAUGCUGUCAAUUAUCCAAGUUUUCAAGUUAUGUUGGAGUCUAUUGGACAAUUUGGGAUUGGUAUGAAAGCACCUAGUUUUCAUGAGGUGCGGGUUCCCUUAUUGAAUGAAGAAGUUGCUGAGGUGAAGAAUUCAUUAAAGUCCUAUGAAGAAGAAUGGGCAAAGUAUGGUUGUUCUAUAAUGGCAGAUGGUUGGACUGAUAAGAAACAAAUGACUUUGAUUAAUUUCUUGGUGAAUUCUCCAAAGGGAACUGUUUUCAUGGAAUCUGUUGAUGCUUCAGAGUACUAAAAAACUAGUGAUAAGAUGUAUGACCUGCUUAAUAGAUUUGUAGAGCGUGUUAGAGAGGCUAAUGUGGUUCAAGUUGUGACAGAUAAUGCUAGCAAUUGUGUGCUUGCAGGGAAGUUGUUAGAAACAAAGUGCCCUCAUUUGUAUUGGACUCCUUGUGCUGCUCAUUGCCUAGAUUUGAUGCUAGAAGAUAUUGGAAAAAUUCUCAAAAUUCAUAACACAAUUAAAA